CCCAUCCCACCUCGCCCCUUGACGCAUCCCUCCCACACAAGUGAACCCCGGACACCCCGACACACCCCCAGGACACCCCCCUAAGAACCCCAAGCACCCAGAACCCCUCCAGGAACCCUUGAAGAACCCUGUGCUUAGUGCUUAGUGCUGAGAAGAUGGUGGUGUGUGGAACUGGAUCAGCUUCAAGCCUGGCGGUGGCGGUGGCGGCGGCGUUGCUGUGUGUGGUUGCAGGUGACUCUUCUCCCUCCGACUUCGAGCUCCCCUCUAAUUCAACAGUAAUCAACGGGGGCCCUAUUGUUACCGGGUUCAGCUGUGACGGCCUCCCCUAUGGUUACUACGCAGAUGUCAACAACGGGUGCCGAAUCUUCCACGUGUGUUACCCUUAUCUCGACGCUGAGCAGUUUCUGAGGACGCGAAUGUUCUCUUUCAUCUGUGGCCUGGGAGCUGUGUUUAACCAGGAGGCCCUCGUCUGUGACCACGCCGAGCACUCCAUCCCCUGCGAAGACUCCCCGAACUACUACGACUCCUCCAACGGGUAUUUCGGUCAAACGGAGGUUAAUUUCAGGGAGUAGUGGAGGAGGAGGAGGAGGAGGAGGAGGAGGAGGAGGAGGAGGAGGAGGAGGAGGAGGAGGAGGGUUAAAUAGUCUACAGUUUUAUUAAUAAGGGUAAGUUUUAUAAGACGAAGACGAAGAAGAAGAAGAAGAAGAAGAAGAAGAAGAAGAAGAAGAAGAAGAAGAAGAAGGAGGAGGAGGAG